AUGAAAGUAAAAAAAAGCGAACAACAUCCAGCUGCUUCAUCCGAAUGGUUCAUUUGGCUGAAUCAUCCAGCUGGAGCAUCCAACUGUACAAAGUUCACUGUGAAAGUGCCUUCUUUAUUGGAAUUAACGUAUAUGAAUACGUACUUUGGAGAAGACGAUGAUGAUGAUCGGUCGUUGGUUAUAGACACCCCAUGUUUAAUAGAUAUAGACAUCUUUGACACUUUGGGACACUCGUGCUCAAUUGAGUAUAUGCCUCGUCUUAUAAUGGCAUCAGUUAGUGUUGAGUUAAAGCUUGUUGACAAGUUUCUGAAAUGUCUAUCUUCGAUCGAGUAUCUUAAGCUAGAUCCUGUAGAUUCUACAAUGGCUCCAUGGUGUAACGUUGUUUAUACUCUACUUAUAGAGUGUCGCAUAUAUCCAUAUAGCAGCUGGAGUGGAGCAUCACUUGGGGGUUUUGCUCUCUAA